GAGAAAAGGAAAAUAUAAACCAGUUAUAUGCGUGAAGUGUGGGAGUGGGUCUCUUACAAAUUUCCCGCUCAUUUUCAAAGACUGACUUUUUUCUUCGUUUGUGCCCUAACUCUGACUGCCUUGGCUAGGGUUCAGUCAAACCGAUCUUUCUGCUUCUCUCUGAUGCGUUCCACCUACUCCUACUGAUCUCUGACACAAAUGUCUGCUUCCAUGGAGAUCACUCUGCAAAACCCACAAGAUACCCAAAUGUGUGAACUAAACGGAGUCGUCCCAGAAUCAGCCGUCUGUCCUUCCACUCUCCCCCAGGAAAAAUUUCUUGUUUCAGUUGAAGUCUGUUUAAAGACCUCGUGCACAGCUCGGAUAGAAGAUGUUCGUUUGGCCGUGGAGAAAAUGCUUGAGAAGAGGAGCUUAAGCUAUGUAGAUGGACCCAUUCCAGUGCCUCUUGACAACAAUUUUCUCACAGAUAAUGUGGAAAGGAUCCAAAUUUGUGACACAGAUGAAUGGGUGCAGAAUAAUGACAUACUUUUGUUCUGGCAAGUCACGCCUGACGUACAUGUUUUUCAGCUUAAUGAGGAAGGACCAUCUGAGGAUUUAAGUGGGGAUGGACAACCUUCUACCUUCAACGAAUGGAGUCUUCCCGCAAAGGAAUUUGAUGGCAUGUGGGAAAGCUUAAUUUAUGAACCUGGUCUCAAGAAAAGGCUACUGAGGUAUGCCGCAAGUGCAUUGCUCUUUACCGAAAAGGGUGUGGAUCCAUUUCUUGUUUCAUGGAAUCGUGUUGUCCUUUUACAUGGACCUCCAGGGACUGGUAAAACUUCGUUAUGUAAAGCACUUGCUCAAAAGUUGUCCAUACGUUUUAAUUCCAGAUACUCACAGUCCCAAUUAGUUGAAGUGAAUGCACAUUCUUUGUUCAGUAAAUGGUUUUCUGAGAGUGGCAAGCUGGUUGCAAGGCUUUUUGAGAAAAUUCAAGAAAUGGUAGAGGAAGAAAACAAUCUGGUAUUUGUUUUGAUUGAUGAAGUCGAGAGUCUUGCUGCUGCUAGAAAGGCUGCUUUGUCUGGUUCUGAACCUUCAGAUUCUAUUCGGGUUGUGAAUGCACUGCUAACUCAGAUUGACAAGCUGAAAUCAUUCCCAAAUGUGAUCAUUUUGACUACAUCUAAUAUUACUGCUGCUAUUGACAUUGCGUUUAUUGAUCGGGCUGAUAUAAAAGCAUAUGUUGGUCCCCCAACACUUCAAGCUCGUUACGAAAUUCUGAGAAGCUGCUUGGAGGAACUUAUUAGGACUAGAAUAUUAUCGAGCUUCAAGGAUUGCGAUCAAUUUAUGCUUCCAAACUAUACUAGUUUGAAGGAGAAAUUGAAUACGGCAGAGGGCCAAGAAGCUGAAACACUGCAGUUGUGCAAACAUAUGCUUGAAGCUGCAGAAGCAUGCGAGGGAUUGAGCGGACGAUCCCUAAGAAAGCUCCCUUUUUUAGCACAUGCAGCUCUUUCAAAUCCUUACAGUUGUGACCCCAGCAAAUUUUUGCGUACAAUGAUUGAAACUGCAGCCAGGGAACGUUCUGAGAUUGCUGACUGAUUUUUGUAAAUAAUGUAUUUUCAUGUGCGGCUAGUGACUGAAUUGCAGCCUAUUGUGCAAGUCAGUUGUAAUAGUGAUAUGACAUUUGCAAGAUGAAAACACUUGUAAUAAAGAAAAUGAGAGAAAGAAGUUGCAAUCUGAUUACAACCAUUUUUUAUUACAUUGCUUGGGGGAAAACCUUGCGCCAUUACAGAGUUGUUCCUUGCUGUUGACAUAUUAAAAAACUUCAUUUAACCUAAACAAAGAUUGGUGUACAACUAAAAUGACUAGUUGAGUUCAGCCAAAGAAAAAAAACAGGAAGUAAUUAUUAAAAUAAAAGUUAAACAGCAGAUUUGCUCUCCACAGAGCCAAAAAGAUCGCAAAUGUCGCGAUGUUUGCGUAUAUGAUGGGGGCACUUGAAUAGCAAAUCUUUUGCCUCCGAGUGUCUACCCUCCUGAAAAAAUGACUUGAAAACAUGAAGAUAAGCUGAUGAAGUUGGAUAUUCUUUCACACUCAGAGCCUUCAAAAAUUCAUAAGCAUCCUCAACAGUCCCAAACUUUGAGAUGUAUUGAAUGAAAGGUUCAGGGUAAGGAGGGUAUUUUUGUUUCUUCAUCAAACGAAGAAGGUCCAAUGCUGCUUCAAAUUUCCUGGCACCUAAAAGCUUUUCAAUGACAUUUUUGUAUGUAGCUUGCCAAGGUCUUAAACGACCUUUAUCCACCAUCUCAACCAGCAAAUUAUAAGCACCCUCUAUCUUUUGCUGACUGAGAAAACCAUCUAAUAAUACAUCCAACAAAUCAGCAUCGGCCUCAACAUUCUUUUCUAUCAUAUUCGCGAAACAUAUAAAUGCCUUGCCAACUUCACCAGCAGCACAAUGCCCUUGAAUUAAAAUGGUCCAAGUCUUGAUAUCUGGAGUACAUCCAAGUUCUUCCAUAUCAACCAUAACCUUACAGGCAUCUUCAAAUCUCCCUGCCCUACAAUAUCCAAAGAUCAAUUGGCUAUAAGUGAGGUUGUCUGGUUCAUACCCUGCAUUUUUCAUAACUUUAAUUAUGUUUUCCGCUUCUUCGAACCUCCCUGAUUUUGUCAAAGACCUAUGAAUCCCAUCAUAAGCAGCCUUGGAAAGGGUGUGUCCCAUAGAUUCAUACUUUCUAGCAACUCUGAAAACCAAAUCCAAAUCUGGAUUUUCACUUGCUGCAAUGCUCUUCAACAGAAGGCUACAGUCCUGAAGCGAUGGCUUAUACGGGCCAUCCAUCAUAAACUCGUAAAGCUUCACAGCAUCCUCCAUCAUUUUAUUCUUCUGAAAUGCCCUUGAAAUCUUUAUGUAAUUGUCAAUAUCCAUUUCAUGGCCAGCUUUCUUCAUUUUCUCAACCACAAUCCAAAAUUCAUUAAUUGAAUCACUUCUACUAAGAACUCUCACAGCUGCAUUGUAAGUAAUUGUAUUGUGUUCAUAGCUUGGACUCUGGUCAACCCAUUGAAAAAAGCUCCAAGCUCUUGAUGGGCAAGACCUAAGUUCUUUAAGAACCCUUAUAACAAAGUUAUCUGAUAAAUCAACUAUGAGCUCUGCUAAUUUUUUCUCAACCUUGUCACCCCAUUCUUGCCCCAAAACAACACUAGCCACCUGUUUUACAACACCAUCCAUGGCAUUCUCUUUAAUCAUUCUGUUGUAAAAAUGGGUCAAAGCAGCAACAUCACUAGCCAUUUUUUCCUUUUUCAGUUGUGCUAGCAUUGUCAAAUAAGUUUCUUCAUCAAUAUAAUAGCCUUGUUCUUUCAUUUUCUUUAGAAUGACCCAAAACUGUUUCAUAUCUUUCUGAAGUAAAAUUCUAAGCAACAAGCUAUAAAUUGAAGAACUUGGUCUGAACCCAUCUUUCUCACAUACCCAGUUAAAGAAAUCUGAAGCUUUUCUUGGGUGUUUGCCCAGUUUCGUCAAAACAUAGAUAACUCUUUCAUAAUUCCAUCCGAGAUGCGAGUUAUCUAAUUCGUUCUCCAACUCAGUAGACCACUCGUUGGCUACAAUGAGGUCCACAACCGAGUCGGGUUUUGAAGAAAAGGGUAACCUUUGACGGGUGUAGAUAAAUUGAGAAGAAGAAUCCAAUUGAUUUUGAACAGAUGGAGAUAUGUGAGAAAACUGAAUAACCUGAGAAAAAGGUCCCCGAGUUGCGGUGCGAAUCUGAGUUGAGAUGUACGAGUUUGUGAGUCUGAGGCAGGUGAGUAUAGUCCUUGCUCGAUUCAUGGCUGCUUCGGAAACUCUCACACGGAAGAAGUCAAAAAGCUAUGAAGUUUUACAGAGACAAAUGCCACUUGCCCAUUUCAAGCUCUAGGGUUUAAGGUCUC